AAAAAGUGAUGGAGGAUAAUACCGCAACAUUCAAGGAAAGACAAGACGACGCGCCUGCUGUCAUCAGUGACGUCUCUGCAACUGAACAACUAGUGUCUGAGGAUAUCAAGCAAACACCUGAAAUUCCAAAAAGUUCAGAAGUCUCUAGCCAUGAUCACAAAGAGGAUUUGGAGGAAACAAAAGAUGGUCACGUACAAUCAGAACCAGUUAUCACAACAAAGGAAUUAGAUGUGAAAAAAAUUAAGGAAGAAGUACAAAUUCCACCAGUUGCCCAAAGUCCGACUGUAACACCAAGCAACGCUGGUAUAGUAGCCACCCAAAACACUGGAGUAAUCUCAUCAGUAGGUAACGUGGAGGCCCCUUCUAGUCUUUCCUUUGAAUUCAAAUUUAACAUACAGUUUGGGCAAGCAAAAGCAGAAGUUCCCCCCUCACCUACAACAGAAAGAACUGAACCUGUGAAAAAAGUAGACGUGUCUGAAGUUGGAGUUCAGGCAGAAAAAAACGAAGAGCCAAUAAGACCAACACAAAAAGCAGAGAGCCAAAAACAGGCAGAGCUAACUGAGGUCACUGUUCAGGCAACAGAAAUCAUAGAACCAGCAGCAAAAUUAGAUUCAACAGAAAGACCUGUGAUCACUACUCAACCUGUACUGCUGGAUGUUUGCAUCCAAGCCACGGAAAGAGUAGAAUCAGAGGAACAAAUCAAAGCAACAGAGACAGCAACCUCCAGUGUCCAGGCAGCAGAAAUUAUAGAACCAGUUAAGCCAACAGAGAACAGAGAAGUGAUCCUGAGUCAACCAGUGCUCUCUCAAUGUUGUGACCAAGAAACAAAAGUAGAAGAGCCUGUUAAACAGAAAGAGGAGGAGACUGACCAGGAUGUGUGGAUGGAUGCGGAGGAAGACAUUAACACUCAAGAGGAAAAAGUGGUGUCCCAUCAUGAGGUGGAAGAAUCUCUUGAACCUCAGGCAGGAGGUGAGCAGGAGGAAAAGGCAGGACCAGAAAUGCACAAAACAGCAGUAACUGUUGAAAAUGAUAGUGAAGGUGAAGAUUUUGAUGUUGCACUUGAGGAUCUGGAAAUUCCAACUGCAAGUGUCAGCAUAGUGGAGUAGUAUUCAUUUCACUCAACUGCAGCGUGACUAACCGGUUGGACAAUCAAAAAGGAAGGCGCUCAAGUUUGGAAGAAGUUUUCAAAAAGCCAUCAACGAGUAGUAGUGACUGUGGUAGAAGGACAUUACAGCAAACAGCAUUUUGCUGUGUUAAUUUGACGUUAUGUUCAACCAAAAAUAUGCCAAUAUCUACUUGUCUUGAUUUGUAAUGUUGUUUAAUUUCAUUAUGUGUGUAAUUAAUGAGAAAGAUCUGGCAAGAGAAGCAUCAACUGGAAAAGUACUUGGUUUGGCUCAGGGGGCAUGCAGUGUGACUUUUAGUUUGACAGUAAAUUUCAUUAUUAAUAUGCAUUUGUGCCUUUCAAUAAAUCUAAUGGGUCAUUGCGAUACAGUGUAAUUUUAUUUAAUUAUAUUAUUAUUAUUAUUAAUCAUGUCAGCUCUUUCACUUCUAAAUCCUAUUUUUGCAAAUAUUUACUAGUACAUUCAUACUUACUAGAUUAAUGUACAUGAUAGCAGUGAUAGUAGUUUUUUCUUCAUGUUUUUUUUUGCUUUAAAUUCAUUUAUGUAUGUAUUUAAAAUACAUAAAUUCAUUAUGUAUGUGACCCAGGCACAGGACAAAUGUUAAUUUCCUAGGAUGCUAUUAAUAUAUUAGUAUAUGUAGAUAUUACACAGCCUUUACUAUGUAUCAUCAUUUUUUAUUGAGUGUUAUAUCAUUCAGUUUUUGUUUAGUCAUUUCACUUUAAUACAUGCUCCCAUGGGAUUUAUGCAGGUAAAAAUAAUAGGUAGACCUGAGCAUAUGAGUAUGACUGUAUAAUAUCUUGUACAUAACGACUGUUUUAAUGCUUAUACAGACAGAAUUUGGCUCAUUUUAAAUCAACUAAAAUUUCUACUUCUACAAAUUUUAAGAUAAAAGCAUGAGAGCAUGACACAUAUUUGCUUUGGCAUCUUUGUUUUGAGUUAAAUUAAUCUUUACACAUAUUUAUCAUUAAUAUAAUAAUAAUCAGCAAAGCCUUAAACAAUGAUGGCAGCUUUACUUGUCCUGUUUUAUUUCCCAGCUGUUUGUGUGUGAGCCUCAAUGAUCUCAUGGUGUCACUUUUCCCCCAUAUAUACUGACUUUUAUUAAAAUACUUGCUGAGCUGUGAUGUCAACUAAUGACAUAAUGCAAAACAUAAACCUGAGUUAUAUUUGUGUAUAUGUUUACAUACAUA